AUGGUUAAUAAAACUGGUGUCAAUGGUGCCGGUAAAAAGAUCUACCCACCAGAUGAUGUCUUCAAAAACGCGCUGUUGACAUACUCCAGACACACUCUCUCGCAGGACCAAAAGUUGGCACGUCUACAAGUAGAUCACCACCUUAGCAUUGGAAAGACCAAGUUGAACGAACUUGAACGCCGAUUCAACAUUCCAUCCGUUCGCAGGAAUCGACUAGGAGCAGAAGAAGUCGUUCAGCUUGUUGUUGAUGAGGUUGAAAAGGACGUGACACAGAAUAAUGGCCCGAAUUACUUCAAGGCGAAGCUCAAAGACAAAGACAUCAAAGUCCCUCGUUGUAUGCCCCCUGGAAGAGACACCGUUAGGAAGAUUAUGCGGGAACAUUUUCCAGAUGGUGCAGAGAAACGAUUUCCAGGAAAAAAGAAGUUUAAAGUAAACCGACAGCCACUCUCCGCCCUUGGUCCAUAUCACGAAAUAUCAGGAGACGGUCAUGAGAAAAUUGGUGCCCUGGCAUUGCAGAUGGGAGGUUUAGGCUUUCCGAUAUAUGCAUACCGAGACAAAUGGACAGGGCAACUACCACAAAUAGAUGUUGUUCCUGACAGUCGUUCUCCUGGAGCCGUAGGCCACCUCUAUCUCGAUUUGCUAGAGAAACUGGGAGGAAUGCCAAUGCAAUUGGACCUUGAUAAGGGGUCCGAAAUCGGCUGGCAGGUUGCGUUUCAAGUUGCUCUUCGCAAGAAGUCAAGUGAUGGAUUGUUUGUCUUCAGCGAGGCCUUUGCCCCUCAAAUCGAUCCUGACGUGUAUCGCAGCGUAGCGCUUCUGAAAAGUGUUCACAACAUUAUCAUCGAGGCAUUGUGGCGGUGGCUUCGUGAGAAAGCGGGUUACAAUUUGCGAGAAGUCAUUCUACAAGGCAAAACUGACCGUCUGAUCAAUCCUGAGGUCAAUUAUCACCGGCAUUUGUUUUACUGGAUUUUUGUUCCGCUCGUUCAAAGUGCCCUUGACGAGUUCCGUGUCUAUUGGAAUCAGCGCACUGUCCGGUGGCAGUCUGGCAAAGACAUGCCAUCUGGACACGUCCCUGAUGACGCCGCUGCUCAUCCUCAGUUUUAUGGUGGAAUUGACUGCCUCAUCCGCUUACCAAAGGAUGUCAUUUCUGACCUUCGACAAUAUCUGGCUGAUGAAGCAGGGCCCAGAGAGGAAUUCCGGCGGUUUUAUCCUGAAGAUUUUGUGCCUGUUGCCGAGGAGGUAUACCUAUCUGUUGGCCGCCCAGAGUUAUCGCUUCUUACUGCCUGGAGGGUUUUCAGGUUAGGUCUGGGCCCAGACCUAAAGCUUAUGAAAUCGAAAUUGAACCGCGGCGCUCCCGCCUACUCUGAUCGUUAUUGUGUAGAACUUUUGAGGCUUGGACCUCAGCAGGCAAGUUGCCCUAUUGUUGAACUAGAAGAACGCAAUUUAUACGCGUCGGUGAAUGAAGGGUGGACGAAAUUACUUCGGGCUCCCGACCUCGAAGUAAUAUGUCUCCUACAAUCUUUGGGCGUUACAUUCUCCCGAUACGAUCAAAUUUUUUCUAUGGCUGUUUUCGCAAACGACGUCAUUCAGGGACUCUAG